AUGGUAUUCUUUAGGCUACGACAUCUUCUCAUGGAUCACCCGAUAUUGCACCGAGCACAUCCUUCAUCUAAUGGAGCUCCAGUUGUACUUGCCGGUGGACUGGCGGGAAUGUCGGUGACAGCGCUACAGCAGCAACCUAUGCAGAUCUACAUCGAUCCAGCAAGCAAACAGCAUUACAUGGCCAUUGAAACUGAUCAAGGAAUGCAGCUAUACCCUAUUCAAAUACAGACCGAUGGUCCUGUAGCGUACUCCUUUGCUCCUGAGGUUUCCACAGCUGUAGCUUCUACUGCUGGCUCUGGUAAUCAGACGUUCAUAAUGAUGGCUACGGCAGAUGUGGAUGAUCCGCACACUAGUACAAUAACUGGCCAGCCUUCAGCACGAGGGCAGACGACAACAACGAACCCUUCGUGUGCUCGUCAAGCACCGAGGACUCACAGCCAUAGUGACUUCAGCGUCCGCAACCAACCUCACCAGCCUCGACCCACAGUGACAACAGGCUUCGUUAGCCACGCUACACACAGUGAAGUGAAUGCUCAAGCUCGACAGAUUUCUCAGAAGCGUCACACACCACCUGGCAGCAAAGGAAGUGGAGGAAAGGUCAUAGCACCGCCGAAACGAGUCCGUCAUAGUUGA